AUUGCAAUACAACCAGCAUUACAACUCUUUGCACCCAAAAUGAAAAUUGACAUCGCGUUAUUUUCAAAAUAAACUCAAAUAUACAGGCAAAAAUAUUCGGAAUUAAAAUUACGAUCAACCGACAGCAGAAAAAUAAUAUUUUUUUAACAUUUAUUGCCACAAAAAUUGAAAUAAAUUUUUUUAAUAAAUAAAUUGGUCAAUUCUGCAUAUUUAAAACAACGAAAUCCGUCCGAAUCGCAUUUUUCAUUUAUCGGGAACAAUUUGAACUAAUACAUAGAAGUAAAUCAAUAAAUCAGCUAAAUGCAAGAAGUACCGGUAUUGCCAUGGGAGAAGAUCGCUUGGAGCGACGAGCACGUACAGCUGAUCUACCGCGACUGGGGUCUCUUUUACACGCACAAACAACAAUUGGACAUAGCGGCGAAGUACUAUGACAAAUCGCUGGAGCUGAAGAACGAUGAUUCGCGUGCCCUUUACUUCCGCAGUCAGUGCAAGCGUAACAUCGCGCAGACACAGGGCGCGCUCGAAGACGGACUGGCAGCUGGAGCCAUCGAGCCGAAUAAUGCACCAAUCAAUCUGGAGAUCUGCGAUGCCUUGUACGAGCUGAACCAAUUCGAGAACUGCAAAGUCGAGCUUCACGACAACACACACAAGUUCUACGGCAAGAAGGUGUCCGCAUUUCAGAACCGUUUAAUUGUGGUAGAUGAAAAUUUCAAAGACUCCAUUGGCGAGACACUGGGCCCCUUCAUAUUAAGAAAUGAGAAGAUUUUCGCCAAAGUACUGGAACAAUUGGAGAAGGAGAAGUACGUGGAUCCGCGUCCUUUGUGGAAGAUAUUGCGCGAACAGGGUAAAUGUGAUGUGCUCAGCAUACUCGAGAAGGAGGAAUUGCUGUUGUCGCCACGCGAGAUCGCCAGACGUGAACGCGCCUUCAAAGUCUUCAAUCAAAUAUAUUACAACAAAAGUUGGAUCGAUGUACUGUUUCUUAAGGAUCUGCGCGAUAAUGGAAAUUUAUUGUUGCCGCAGUGCAAAGUUUCCACACCAUUUUUGCGUCAUCUGACCAACACCAAAUACGAUGUGCUGAAGAAGUUUUUGAAAAUGUUGCAAGCUCGCAGCCCACUCUACAAUGAGCAAAUGCGCAAGUGUCCGGAUAAGGAGGUAUGGGAGAAGCAUCGACAAGCGCACUUGAAUCACAUACAGUAUCAAACUCGUCGUAAUAUGUUGACAAUAUUGCGUACGAUACGACAGCUGCGGGCUAUGGGACAAAUUGCUAAACUCAGUAAAUAUGUCGAGGAAGUUAUGGGCGACUAUGUCGUGUUGAAGACCCAUCGUGUCAUGCCAUGGAAAUUUGAAUUUCUCAACGAAGUUUAUAACACUUUAGCGCUAGCCUACACUGAUCGCUAUAUUAAGCCAAAUGAAGGCAAUUCUGCAACUGAAAGCAAGAAAAAUACAAAUUUAAUGCACCUACUACGUAUACCCACCGACAAAAAUAAAGAUCGUUCUGUCACUUUUGUAUUCGGCGAUAAGUCCACAUAUACGGAACCCGAUGCCACCGAUUAUACUAUGAUUGCUUACAAGAAAUAUUUAGCGCGUUUGGAGAAACGCAUACAUUUCGCAAAAUACUCGAUUGAGAAGUGUUAUCUGCUGCACGAAAUCGCACGAAGUCAUUUGGGGCAGAGCCGAUUCGAUGAGUGCUGUUCGGUGGCGCGCAAAGCAAUUGAAGAGUCUAAAAACUGCAACAGCAAUGUCUGGCGCUUCUUGAGCACCAUUCUGAUUUGCAAAUCGCAUGCGGUGCUCCAUAAAGUGGAACGUGCGAAAGAGAUACUCGACGAAGCCUUGCUUGUGGCGAACAGCUUAAAUAGUCCCGCUUUGGUUGCUUUUGUCGAGAAUUGUCGCCUCAUGAACGAAGCGGAAUUGUCGCUGAAGAAACGCACUCAGUCCAUGGAAUCGGUGCGCAGGCGCAAGAGUAAAAUAUCACUUGAAAGCCGCAACUCACAAAUAUCACAACAGAGCAAUGAAACGAAUGAAAGUUCGAAUGACCCUAUUUAAAAAAAAAUAUUGGAACAAAACAAAAAUUCUAAAAAUAAAAUCAAU